AUGAUGCGAACCACAUCACUGCUGCGUACUGUCCGGACGGGUGCUGCGGCGCGGCUGCGAGGGAUGUCAGUGGAAGUAUUGCGCAUGCGCACGAUGGGCGGCGCAUGCGCCGACUCGUCUUGGUUCAGCACCUCUUCUCGCCAACGUCUGCCGUCCGACGAUCACGGAGGCAAGCCCAACACAGGACAGCACCGUACCGUGUACGACGACUUUUUCAACAUCCUCGAAUCCACGUCGCCCAACACGACCAUCUCGAUCUCUUCCACCUCGCCGACAUCUCUCACUCUCGCGGAUGGAUUGGUGCUAUCCGAACCAAUCGUGAUCCUCAACAACCAAGUUUUCCUAUGGGACCAUCCAUGCCUCAACCAGGACCGUGCUGUUCCGUCUGGAAUCGGCUGGGAAGCUUGGCUCGACCAACCGAUCCAGCCCGGGAAAAAGCUCCAAGUCUCGCAAAAGAUCAAGGAGGUAUUCGCGAUUUUUCAAAUUGUCGACCAACGUCCAGAGAUCCUACUGUUCGGAACAGGAAAGAGGGUUCUACCGCCACCAGCGCCGAUCCGCCAGUACAUCAACGAGCUCGGCAUUCAACUCGACGUUCAGAGCACGCACGACGCUGCUUCCACAUUCAACAUGCUGUCCGAGGAAGGAAGGAAGGUGGCCGCCGUCUUGAUCCCUGCCGAACCCACAGAAACCAAGAGGUAUACACCGCAACAGCUGCAGCGCUUGUUGAGCGGCCAAUAG